GGCCUCUAAGGGCUCAGGAGCGGCGACCCGCGAGCCAUGGCGCUGGGGCUGCAGCGCGCAAGGUCGAGCACGGAGCUACGCAAGGAAAAGUCUCGGGAUGCAGCCCGCAGCCGGCGCAGCCAGGAGACCGAGGUGCUGUACCAGCUGGCGCACACGCUGCCCUUCGCGCGCGGCGUCAGCGCCCACCUGGACAAGGCCUCUAUCAUGCGCCUCACCAUCAGCUACCUGCGCAUGCACCGCCUCUGCACCGCUGGGGAGUGGAACCAGGUGGGAGAGCCACUGGAUGCCUGCUACCUGAAGGCCUUGGAGGGCUUCGUCAUGGUGCUCACCAUCGAGGGAGACAUGGCUUACCUGUCGGAGAAUGUCAGCAAACACCUAGGCCUCAGUCAGCUGGAACUUAUCGGACACAGUAUCUUUGAUUUCAUCCAUCCCUGUGACCAAGAGGAGCUUCAGGACGCCCUGACCCCCCAGCAGAGCCUGUCCAAGAAGAAGCCAGAGGCUCCCACCGAGCGGUGCUUCUCCUUGCGCAUGAAGAGCACCCUCACCGGCCGCGGGCGCACCCUCAACCUCAAGGCGGCCACCUGGAAGGUGCUACACUGCUCUGGGCAUAUGAGAGUCUACAGGCCCCCCACGAAGACCUCCCCAGCUGGGAGCCCCAACUCAGAGCCUCCCUUGCAAUGCCUGGUGCUCAUCUGUGAAGCCAUCCCCCACCCGGGCAGCCUGGAGCCCCCACUGGGCCAGGGGGCCUUCCUCAGCCGCCACAGCCUGGACAUGAAAUUCACCUACUGUGACGAGAGGAUCGCAGAGGUCGCUGGCUAUAGUCCCGAUGACUUGAUUGGCUGUUCCGCCUACGAGUACAUCCAUGCGCUGGACUCAGAUGCAGUCAGCAAGAGCAUCCACACCUUGCUGAGCAAGGGCCAGGCAGUAACAGGGCAGUAUCGCUUCCUGGCCCGGAGUGGUGGCUACCUGUGGACUCAGACCCAGGCCACAGUGGUGUCUGGGGGUCGGGGCUCCCAGUCGGACAGUAUCAUCUGUGUCCACUUCCUGAUCAGCCGGGUAGAAGAGACCGGAGUGGUGCUGUCCCUGGAGCAGACAGAACGGCACUCUCGCAGACCCAUUCAGUGGGGCGCCUCCUGCUCUCAGAAGGAUGCCCCUAACUCUGAGGACAGCCUUGAUGCCUCUGGUCCUCGAAUUCUUGCCUUCCUGCACCCCCCUGCCCUGAGUGAGGCCAUCCUGGCUGCUGACCCCCGCCGUUUUUGUAGCCCUGACCUUCGACGCCUCUUGGCACCCAUCCUGGAUGGGGCUUCAGUAGCUGCCACCCCCAGCACAGCGCCAGCUGCUCAGCGUCCCCAGAGUCCUCUUCCGGCUGACCUCCCAGAUAAACUACUUUUGGGCAUGGAGAAUGCACACAGACUCUCCACCUCCAGGAAAGACCUUCAUGCAGUGGAGACAGAUCUAGAUAUGGCUCAGGAUGUCGAUGCUCUGGAUUUGGAGAUGCUGGCCCCCUACAUCUCCAUGGAUGAUGACUUCCAGCUCAACUCCAGCGAGCAGCUACCCAGGGCCUACCACAGACCUCCAGGGGCUAUCCCCCGGCCCCGUGCUCGGAGCUUCCAUGGCCUGUCACCCCUUCCCCCUGAGCCCUCCUUGCUGCCCCGCUGGGGGAGUGACCCCCGGCUGAGCUGCACCAGCCCUUCCAGAGGGGACCCCUCAGCAUCCCCCCUGAUGGCUGGGGCUCGGAAGAGGCCCCUGACCCAGAGCUCAGAGGACGAGGCCGAAGGAGCAGAGCUAUUGGGAGUGAGACCCCCCAAACGGUGCCCCAGCCCAGAACCCGAAAACUUUCUGCUGUUUCCCCUCAGCCUGAGUUUCCUUCUGACAGGAGGCCCAGCCCCAGGGAGCCAACAGCAUCCCAGCACCCACCUCCUGGACCUGAAUGAGCCCCUGGGCCUGGGCCCCUCACUGCUCUCUCUCUGUCCGGAUGAGGACACUGCCCAGCCCAGGAGCCACUUGCAGCCAGGCGCAGGCUUGGCCCAGGCCCACUGAGCCAGCUCCUCUUACCUUGUCCUUUCUCCUCCCCCAGCAAGGACCUCAACCACACUCCAAGCCAGCAGCCAGAGCACAGGAUGAGGGUGCCAGGAGAGGGGCCACCUCUCUUCUCAGAGUGCCCCCACCCACCUCGGGCCUACCUCAGCCCUCACCCCUCUGCCUGCUCCCAGUCUGGGGGCUCUUUGGGAUAUCAGCUUAGUGACCUCUGGGAGGGGGUCCCCCCUCCUCUACUCAGGACUUCCCUUGGGGUUCUCAGUACUUGGUUACCUCAUUAUCCCCUUUUCAGAUUCUCUUGGCUUUAUUUUGGGGAACUAGGGUUGGGGAGAGUUGGGGGUCAGAGCUGUGUUUCUGGGUUCUGGGGAGUGUGGAUAACCAUAAUCAAUUUCUUUCUAUCUUUUAUUAUUAUUUUUGCUGAUUUCAUGAGAAUGGUUUUAAAUCAUUACAAAUUUCUCAGAGUCCAUAAGAAUGUGGGACUCUGUUCUUCCCCCAUCCUCAGGUGUCCCUGGGGGAGGCUCUGGGCCAGACCUUCCCCCAGCAACUUAUGAUUAAGAACUCAGCCUCCCAAGCUGCCAUCCAGCUCUGCCUUCCCCUUCUGCUCCAGACUUCCUGCUGCCUCCAGCUCCGCCUGGACACUGGCUUCAUCUGUGGUCUUCCAAUUUCAGUGGCAGCCUCCAACUUCCUCUGCUUCCAAACCACAUAACCUCUAACCUUCUCUGGUUCCAGACUAUAUAACCUCUGACCUCCAACUGGUUCUAGACUGCAUAACCCUCAACAUGGUCUGAUAUAGAUCUCAUUAUCCUGUAAAUCUUUCUUAUUCCAGACCUCACAACCUCCUAUUCUGCCUGCUUGCCAAACUCGUAAUCUCUAAAAAUUGCCUAGUUCUGGGACUUAUAACCUCUAACUCCCUUUGGCUCUACACAGGGGUCCUCAAACUAUAGCCCGCGGGCCACAUGCGGUGGUGUAAUUGUAUUUGUUCUCAUUUUGUUUUUUUACUUCAAAAUAAGAUAUGUGCAGUGUGCAUAGGAAUUUGUUCAUAGUUUUUUGUUUUUUUUUUUAACUAUAGUCUGGCCCUCCAAUGGUCUGAGGGACAGUGAACUGGCCCCCUGUUUAAAAAGUUUGAGGACUCCUGCGUCUAGAAUCUAUGACCACCAGAUUUUACUGCUUCUAGAACUCACUCUAACUUCCUCUGGUUCUAGACUUCUCCCUAUAAAUCCCUCUUGUUCUGGAUCUCACACCCGCCAACUCCCUCUGGUUCUAGAUCUUAUAUCCAAUGACCCCACAGCUUCAAGUUUCCUGCUGUCUCUAGUUUUCCCAAUCUGUAAUACAUUUGGUUCUAAAUCCAGACCUCCUAAUUUCUAAAUCAUUUUGGUUCCAGACCUCAUGAGGCCCAACUCAUUCCUCUUCAAUUUUCUACAAUCAGGACUCAUUUUCCCCAUCAAAAAGAAAUAAAAUGACUUUUAUGUCUUGAUCUUAUAACAAGUUCUUCCAGAACCUGACACCAUGUUCCAGUUCUUUUAGGUACUGGACUUCAUGACCUCCACCAUUCACUGGUUCUAGACUACAUAACCUCCAGACUUGUGACCUCUUGGGCCCUCUAAUCCCAGAUCUGAUUUUCUGUUUCUUUCUGAUUCUAUACUUGAGUUGCAAAGGUCUUCUGAUUCUAGAACACAUCUUGUAAGUUCCCUUGGUUCUAGACCUCAUAUUCAACUCCAACUCCCCCUCACUCAGAUUUUAUGACUCCAAAUUAUCCUGAGUCUAGUACUCAGCCUUCAAACAUGAACUUAUAAAGUUCCCUGGUUCUAGACCUUACAAACACCCCACCACCACCACCACCACCAAUUCCUUCUGAUUCUAGAGCUUAUGGUGCCAAAAUGUCUCUGGUUCUGGAACUCAGUCUUUGGACUUUUUCUAAUUCUAGUCCUUACUCUAUAACUUCCUCUGCUUCUAGGCCUCACAGCUUCUAAUCAGUUUCCUUUGAUUUCAGAUCUAAAUUCCAGAAUUUAGAUUCAGCAGGAUUCGGGAUUCCAAAUGCUUCUGAUUCUAGAAUCUACACUUUACCUUGUACCAGAUUCCUCUGGUGCUAAAUCUUACAAUCUCUGACUCCCUAACUACAGACCUUACCCACCUAACUAUAGGGCUUCCCACCCCACUGAACAUUUCCCAAUUCCUACCCUGUUCUAAGUCUUCCUGUUCUAGACUCCUACCCUCCAGGCCCCGCUGCUCCUGGACGCCUUGGUUAAGCCUCUCCAACCUAAUAUCCCUGCAAUUUCUGUCCUAGAACCUCUUCUUUUGCCUACCCUGUCCUCCAGAUGUGCACUUACCUUGACUUUAUCCCUGAUAUCUGGGAAACGUGGGGCUCGGAGGGUGUUCACAAUCCAGAAGACUUCUCCAGCCGCACAGGCACAAGCAUAGCCCUAUCUGCACAUCAAAGGGUGGGGAGAGAGGCCAGGACUCCUCAGCUCUCUGCCAGCACCUACAUGUCCCUCUUACCUCUCAGCUCCCUUUCUACAAUGGUGCUACUCUUUAUCUCCCACAGGGAAAGCCCUCUGCUUUUCAGCUCCAUUCAUACCCUAUUGGGAAGGGACCACUAAUUCUCUUUCGACAAAGGGUGACCUGUCCAAAUUGAUGCUGGGGGCGGGGGGAGAUUAGGGUCUGUCCCCUCGUUCCCUCAGGGGGUGAUAUGGAUCCUCAAGGGAGGGAGCUAUGCUGGUCUAGGGGAGAAGAGACUGGAUCAGCCAUGCUGGAUCUGAAACUCGCUAAUCUCUAUGCCACCAUAUAAAGACUUCACCUUGGUAGGCACCAGACCUUUGUGUGUUGACUUAUCUUUGGGAUCGCUUUGGGGGGCGUGGGUACCCCAGGUGGCUGGGAGUCCAGUCUGGUUCUGUCGGGAGGGGAGUGACUAUCUUCCUACAGGGUCUAUGCAAUGUGUGCACCUGGUGAUUUGGUCUUCUGUAUAUACAUGUGAGUCUCUGUGACAUAAUUCUGUGAACCUGUUGGAGGGUUGUAAUUCCUUCUACAUGUGUUAAUAUCCGUGAAAUGAUUUUGCCUUAUGUGUGUCUCUGGUUACUUUGCGUUUCUGUGUUCCUGAAUGUGGGAGGUAUAUUUUUUUGUACUUGUAUAUAUCUGUGCAAUGUCAUGAUUCUGUGUACUUGCAUGGGACUGUUUGACACUGUGAUUCUGGGUACUGACAUGUGUACAACCUGGUUCCAUGUACUUAACUGAGCACGGGUGUGGGAGAGAGUAUGUGUC